AAUUUGUUAAUUUCCGAGACCAUAUUAUUUUACUCUUUUUUUUUUUUUUUGGUUAAAAUAUUAUUUUACUCUUUGUUUCUUUCUUUCUCACAGUAAUUUCUCUGAAACCAAACACUUUCUCCCCAGAAAUCGAAGAUCAGGGUUUCUCGAAUUUGGCUACCAUAGAGGGCGUCCUUUCCAAUGUUGGAGCAGGGACAGUGAAUGAUGCUGCUGGAAGGGAAUUGGUUGAAAGUGAAGAAAGUGUGAUUCAAGAACCGUAUGUUGGAAUGGAGUUUGAAACUGAAGAUGAUGCCAAGAAAUUCUAUGAUGAAUAUGCAAGACAUGCAGGAUUUGUAAUGCGUAUUGAUCAGUGCCGUCGCUCGGAGGUUGACAGGAGAAUUCUUUCCAGGCGACUGUCAUGUAAUAAACAGGGUCAUUAUGUCAAAAUGAGAGAUGGAUUUGGACCCAUUAGAAAGCCACGGCCUACCACACGAGAAGGUUGCAAAGCGAUGAUGUUGGUAAAGGUAAAUAAGUCUGGUAAAUGGGUUGUAACGAGAUUUGAAAAGGAACACACUCAUCCACUAGUCAUAUCUGGCCGUCCUUCUCGUAAUGCCAUGGAAACUUCUACUCUCGAUCAAGAGGCUUCUCAUCUUGCUCGUCCUCUUCCUAUUUUCCAAGAAGAGCCUUCUCUUGUUGUUUCCUCACUCCCUUUGCAGGUCUAUUCACGCCGCCCUUGUGCUCCGCCUCAACUGCUUUCAUCCUUCUUAGACUCAGGUUCAGGUACAUCUCUCUCUCAUUUACAUUGCCCUGGCCCUGUUCCUGUUCCUGAGUCUCGGUAUCUAACUCGGGACUGCAAACCCCCAGCUAGAUUUGAAUUUGUUUGUAGUACUGAUCAUUCUAUUUCGCAGUAUAUCUCUUAUAAUGGUCUUUCAGGGUCUUACUGAGCCUUUCUAGGCAAACUUGAUUCCAUUUCCAUUCCCAGAACGUUGUCUGAGGCUCUCCGGAAUCCCAAUUGGAUGUCUGCUAUGAAGGUAGAAAUUGAUUCUUUGCAGUAUAAUGAAACAUGGGAGCUUGUAUCUCUCCCUCCUGAUGAAAAGACUGUUGGUUGCAAAUGGGUAUUCAGUGUUAAAUAUCUAGUUAAUGGUUCUAUUGAUCGGUAUAAAGCCCGCUUGGUGGCCAAAGGGUUUACUCAGAUUCCUGGUAAAGACUUUAAUGAUACCUUCGCUCCUGUGGCUAAAUUGACCUUAGUUCGUUUGUUUGUCUCCCUUGCUGCCUCUCACAAUUGGCCUCUUCAUCAUCUUGAUGUGAAGAAUGCUUUCCUUAACGGUGAUCUUCUUGAGACUAUUUACAUGGAUCCUCCACCCGGUUUUUGGGCUAAGGGGGAGUAUGCUGGAAAAGUCUGUUGAUUGCGGAAGUCUUUGUAUGGAUUAAAACAAUCUCAUAGAGCUUGGUUCAGCCCCUUUAGUGAUGUAAUUCUAUCCAUGGAGUUUGUUAGAUGUCAUUUUGACCAUACAUGUUUUAUCCGCCGUUCCUCCAAUGGUCGAUGUAUUAUUUUGCUUGUAUAUGUUGAUGAUAUCAUCAUUACUGGCAAUGACAUCCGUGGGAUUGCUCAAGUAAAGCUUCAAUUGGCUAAAGCUUUUGAUGUGAAAGACCUUGGGCAGCUCAGAUAUUUCUUGGGAAUUGAGGUUGCUAGAUCUAAGCAGGGUAUCUCCUUAUCGCAAAGGAAGUAUGUCUUGAAUCUUUUUCGAGACACGGGUAUGCUUGGGUGUAAACCUGCUUCCACUCCUAUGGAUCCUAAUCUGAAGAUCUUGACUGAGUCUGGAGAUCUCCUUUCUGAUCCCUCGCAGUAUCAGCGCUUGGUAGGAAGAUUGAUUUAUCUUACCAACACCAGUCCUGAUUUGGCUUUUGCGGUUAGUGUUGUGAGCCAGUUUAUGCAUGCUCUUCGUACAGCUCAUAUGGAUGUAGUAUAUCGUAUUCUUCGAUAUCUUAAGUCCUGACCUGGAGUUGAAUUAUUCUAUUCUUCUAGCAAGCAAGUUGGGCUAUCCUGUUUCAGUGAUGCAGACUAUGUUGGGUCCAAGACUGACAGACGUUUCAGAUCUGGCUUCUGUACUUUCUAUGGAGACCAUCUUAUAUCUUGAAAAAGUAAGAAACAACCUGUAGUUUCGAGAUCUUCAGCAGAGGCUCUGAGUAUCGUGCCAUGGCUCAGGGUACUUGUGAGAUUCUCUGGCUUCAAUCUUUCUUGGAGGAGCUAGGGCUAGGUGAAAAACAGUCCUCAGACUUGUUUUGUGAUAAUAAGUUAGCCAUCAUGCUUGCUUCAGAUCUUGUUCUUUACGAGAGGACUAAACAUAUAGAGGUGGACAUUCAUUUUAUCAGAGAGAAGGUUCGUUCGGGAAUUAUCAAGCCGUGAUUUGUUCGUUCCUCUAAUCAAUCGGCCGAUGUGUUCACCAAAUUUGUUGGUCCAUCUUUGCUUCAUUCCUCGAUUACCAAACUGGGCUUGGUUGAUAUCUUCACUCCAGCUUGAGGGGGAGUGUUGAAGUGUCUUUAUUAUUUUUAUUUUUAUUUUUUUUAGCUGUUUUUAGCCUUUUAUUAGAUGUUUUAUGUAAGAUCCCUAUAAUCAUGGGAUCAUGUAGAUAAGAUCCCUGUAAUUAUGGGAUCCCGUAGAUAAGAUCCCCAUAAUCAUGGGAUCCCGUAGAUUUUGGCAUAUUUUAUGUCUUUCUUUGAUUUGGUUUUCUCUCUUUGUACUCUAUUCUUGUAUAUAAAUAUAGAUCUUGGCUCUCAGUUUGAGUAAGUCAAAAUCCAAAACUUCUUCUUUUUGUAUAAGAAGUCAAUUUGAAUUUUGUAUUUGGUCUCAA